AUGCAGCAGGAGCGGCCGCAGCAGCAGGGGCAGAAGCAGCAGCAGCAGGGGACAGAAGCAGCAGCAACAGCCGCAGCAGCUUGCUACUGCUACAGCAGCUGUUGCAGCAGCUUCUGCUGCAACAGUUGCUGUAGCUGCUGCAGAAAUCAAAGUGGCCGUUGCAGUAGCAGCAGCAACUGCUGCUGGGGCUGCUGCAGCAACGUGCUUCAGCAACUGCUGCAGCAAAAGCUGCCACAGCAACAGCACCAAUACCAAUGCGUAAGUAGCAUUAAAAGCCAGCUGCAAGAGUAA